AUGGCACCACGAAGGACCGGCGAAGAAACAAAUGCUGAGGCUAGGUGCCAGGAGGAAGAGGCCCGAAGGAGGACCGAGCUAGCCGACCUCAUUUCUCAACAAAUCAACUCCGUUAUGCCAGCCAUUGCUACUCGAAUUGCGGAGAGUGUGACCGCCACCCUUAACACAGUCCGAAAACAAGAUGGAGGAGGUAAUGUGAAUGAUCGAAAUGCUUACAAGACCUUCACUUCGUGCAUGCCCAAGGAAUUCUAUGGGACGGAAGGUCCAGAUGGUUUGCUCUCAUGGUUCCAAAGCAUGGAGGCCAUAUUGAACAUCAUUGAUUGUGCAUCGGCCAACCGUGUCAAGUUUGCUGCUAGCAAGCUCCAAGGAAGGGCACUCGCUUGGUGGAACCUCCAAGUCACUACGAGGGGUCAAACCGUGAUGAAUGACUUGACUUGGGAGCAACUCAAAGAAGAGAUGAAGCGGGAGUAUUGUCCUAGGCCAGCCGUGCAAAAGUUGGAGAUAGAAUUCUGGAAUCAUGCUAUGAAAGGAAUGGAGUUGGAGACAUAUGCAAUUCGUUUCCAUGAGUUGUGUGUGCUAGUGCCUGACAUGGUGAAUACUGAGGCCAAGAAGGUUGAGAGUUAUGUUUCCAGAUAG